UGAAGAGGAGGUGUUUGACAGCAUUGUGAAUGAUGAAGUCCGCUAUCCACGCUUCCUGUCCACUGAAGCCAUCGGCAUCAUGAGACGGCUGUUGAGGAGGAAUCCAGAGAGAAGACUGGGCUCUGGUGAAAAGGAUGCAGAGGAGGUGAAAAAGCAGCCAUUUUUCAGAAAUGUGGACUGGGAGGCUUUGCUUCAGAGGAAGGUGCCCCCUCCCUUCGUCCCAUCCAUUGUCGGCAAAGAAGACGUCAGCAAUUUUGACGAGGAGUUCACCACUGAAGCUCCGACACUCACGCCUCCACGUGAGCCUCGCGUGCUCACUCGCAAAGACCAGGACAGCUUCCGGGACUUUGACUACGUCUCUGACCUCUGCUAGUGGAGCUGACGUCGAGGAAUGUUUGAUUUUUUUUUUUUAAGUCUUCACGACGGUUUUAACUGAGUGUCUGCUGACUGUUUGUCUGCCGUCAAUUACACUGUGAAUGAACGCGGAGAGACCGAAGGCAGUCGGUUUGUGUUUUGUGUUUUAAAGAUGGAGGACUGAGACAAUAAAAGCCUGGACAUCUAGCUGGUGGGGUAAAAUGUUAGACAAACACAGACUCCCCCUCUCCAAUCAUUGUUCAACACACCAGUGACUUGUGUAUGUUUUUAGCCUUUAAAAUGCCGCCUCCCAUCCUCCCUUGUGUCAGUGCGGUCACCUGUGCAGCUGUGAGAGGAGGAGCUGGUGACUGUUUGGGGGCAGUUUCAUGGCCUCUCAUACCAAUGCCUUACAUUUGUACUU